AUGAGUGAUUCAAAGUCUCCCAAAUCGGCCGGGACGGCCUCGCCCAAGUCGCCAGCCGCCGCUUCGUCCCCCGGCGCAGCAGAGCCCGGGAACAUCGCUGUCCCGAUUGAAGUGGACACCGCAGAUGCAGAGUCAACCUACGCCUCGUCGGCGCCAAACGACGAGAGACAGCAGGAGGCAGAGGAUCUAUCACACGAAAUGUACAAAAUCGUCCUCGACAACAAGCUGACCUUAGCGCCGGUGGCCGAUAAUGUCCAGCGUGUUCUCGAUCUUGGUUGCGGUACGGGAGCCUGGGCAAUAGAGUUCGCCGAUGAACACCCCUCCGCCGAGGUGAUUGGCGUGGACCUCUCUCCCAUCCAACCUCCCUUUGUCCCGCCAAAUUGUAAAUUCGAGGUUGACGACAUCACCAAGGAUUUUACACAUCUAAAACCCGGUGUCUGGGUCGAGCAUGGAGAGUACUCGAGCAUCGCACGCUCAGAGGACGGCACCAUCAAGCCAGACGCCGCCUUGGUCCAGUGGGUAGAGGUUUUCAAGCAAGUCGGCGCGCAGACGGGCAAGACGUUUGGCAUCUGCGAGACCAUGCCAGACGUGUUUAGAGAUGCAGGCUACGUCAACAUCCGGGAGCGUCGGAUCAAGGUCCCCAUCGGCACAUGGCCCAAGGACCCAACACUCAAGAGCUGGGGCGCCUGGAAUCGUCAGUUUCUGCUGCAGGGUCUCGAGGGCUUCUCUAUUCGUGGCUUGACCGAACUCUUGGGGUGGGGAUACGAGGAUGCUCAGCUGUACAUAAUGAAUGUCCGAAAGGAACUGACAGACCCGAAGAUCCACUCUUACGUCGAGCUGGCCUUUAUGGCGGCGCAGAAACCACUGGAGGACGCAGAGGCUGAGACUUAG